AUGGCGUGGUUGCUCCGGGAAGCUGGUGUGGAGGGAGGCAGGCAGGUGGUGAAGGAACAGGUGGCCUCCGGGAGAUUCGAUCCGCAGGAGCCAAGCAAUAUGGUGAAAUUGACUCAGUCCAUGCAUGCUUCUGUGAAGACGUUCAUGGAGACAGAUUUUGCCUCCUUCCUUCAUUUGAGCGAGCUUGACUUGGAGGGCCUUCGCCAAUUGUGUCGUGAUCCUGGCGCCGAUGAGAACCCUCCUGAAGGUGACCCUCUCAAAGUUGGAUCUUCCUCCAGUACUCUCGAUAAAUGA